AAGCAUUAAACAGAAAUUUAACAAAAUAAUUUAGAGACCAUGUGGUUAAUUUGACAAUAUUCUUUUUUUUUUCUUCCGAAACGAUAGAGGAGUUAAUUUGACAAUAUUCAAAACAGCAAAACUCCAGAGCUCGAUCCUAAUGAUUGUUACUUUGUCCCCAAUUUCUUCCGCCUCAAAAACGCGGUAACACAGAAACAAAACUCUUCAAUCUUUCAUACAUCCCCAUCCGGCCAUCCCCCAGCAGUUUAGGCUUUAGACACCCAACAUCUCCCCUCAAAAUAUGGAAACGAAAGCUUCCCAUCGAGAAGAUCUAUCAUCAGCACAAGCAGUAUUGAUGGGAGCUUUAGCUCCUGGGGUCAAUGGUCCCACUUGGAAUACACUAAAGAUUGCAUUUUUUAUGCUGGGUGUAAGUCUGGUUGCUAUGCUAGGCUUAGCAUUCUCCUCUAGUGACUCUACAUUGACCCUCCAUGUUGCUGUUUUUGUUUUUCUGACUGGAACCCUUUUCUUUCUUUUAAGCAGCUUUCUUGCACAGACUGGUCUGGUUUCAGUGGAGCAUCAAAUGCAAGAAAUAGGUUUGGCACCCAAAAGUUUUGGGGAUGUUAAAAAUGAUAAGAGUAAUUGACAUCCAAAUAAAAAAUAUUUACAAGUGAUACAUGUAUGAUUUCUGAAAAGAGAAACCCCUAAAUGGCUAACUGGCAUCUGCAAGGAGGUAGGAGGAGGAAGGGGAAAGACCAAGCAUCCUUGGUCAAUCAUUGCUUCUGUGCUGAUCUUCAUUUACGAUGGAGAAGUGUCAGUCUUCCUUCUGCUCCUUCUCCUUUGAUUUACUCUUUCUGGACUUUAUGAAGCAGAAACAUGAGCAGCAGGGAAAUUGCAACAAGAACUUCAUGCCUUAUCUUUUCUGGAUGAUGGCAAUGUUCAUAAUACCAAAAUGUAUAGGGUGUUACAACCCUGUUUUCUCUUUUUAUUUGCUCUUGGAUUCUAUUCUGUCCUUGAAAAGAUGCAGAUGCCUAGCUUUUUUGUCGAGUGAGUGAUGCAUCUUUAUCUUUAUGUUGUAUGUACGUGUCUUCUAAACGCUCUAAUGCCUUGUGAAAGAAAAGGUUCUUUUUCAGAAUUCCAGAAAAGAGAGUUACAUUUCAUUGUUUAAAUAAUUUUGCUUAGUUGAUUGGACUAAGCAUAAUGA